UGGGAGCAGGGUGUCGAUGCUACUGGAGGUGAAUUUCAAGGCGGAUGUCAGCCACAUCCGGAACGGCAACCCGGCGACCCUCUUGAGACGCUUUCACACAUCGUCGCUCGUAAGAGCGAUAGGGAACUUGUUGAAUGGCUGGAUAGACACGGCGCGGACCCUGAAGAACGUGAUUCCCAGGGAAUGGCUGCUUUCCAUGUAGCCCUGCAAUCCGGUCACAAGAACAUUGUUGACUAUUUCUUCGAAACGUACGACCGGAAGGACGAUGAUUCUAACGCGAUAUACCAUAUGGCUGACCCUGAGUCUCUACUGUCGCUGGCCGUGACCACGGGGGAACCUGAGCUCGUGUGGAUGAUUCUCG